GCUCCAUGUUACUCUGGAUCUUCUGCCACUGCCACAAUAUCCGCGUCCCAACCGCGAUCCGGAGGCCCAAGACCUCCUCACCGCUCCACCGUUUCGCUCUCCCACACCUUCGUUGUUGUAGCGUUCACGCAACGACUAUCCGUACUCGGUCCCGAAUAUCGUUAAGUCUGCAGUUUGCCUUGAGAUGACGGGAGCUUACGAUUGUGCUUGGAUUAUGCCACAGUGUUUGACGAGACGUCUUACGACACCCAAAGAGGUUCAACAUUCUGUGCUGUACACAUUUCCUUCGUGGGGAAAGAGUUUGUAAGGGUGACGGACAACGUAUCUUUGUCCUCGAUACUGUGGCACUGCAAAGUACGCCCUCCAUCGUCUACACGCGUUUUCAGCAGAGGGUCAACAGGUUUGCUCGAUUACAUAUAUCUACCAGGGGAUAUCUACGCGUUGUUUGGCAAUUUCGUCUGGUGAUAUGCAAUUGACGUUGUGGCCACUGCGCACAUCGAGUCUGCCAUCUUCCCUCCUGUUUAUAUUCGCUUUACUGAAAUCCUCUCCCUCUGGCUUCUCGAAGUGCUCAUUGAAGCAUGAACGCUCUGCCUCAUUCUCUCUCUCUACUACCCGGAGGGAGUGCAAUGGUCAGUUAGAGUUCAUCUUCGUCUUUCGUGCCACAUCAGGUAAGCGUGGUGUAAAGUUCGGACAGCAGAACCGUCUCUAGUCAUGAGACUGCACUGCGAUGACCAUCAGGAUCACCCACUUUGAAACGCACGACGUCCGUUUCCCCAGGUCAUUGUCGGGAGACGGUACAGAUGCGAUGAACACAGACUGUGACUGCUUCGCCGCAUACGUGACCCUCUACACCUCCUCAUCGGCACUCAUCGGGCACGACAUAACAUUCACCAUCGGUUGUGGCACCGAUAUUGUGUGUUCAGCCAUCAAAGAAGUCGCAGGCCGUUUGGUUAAUAAGGAUAUCGCGCACUUGUUCGCUAACAUGGGACAAGCUUGGAAACAUUUAACCGCGACUCUCAACUGCGAUGGUCAGCUAUGCUUUUUGUGGAGCGCUGUACCUUGUGAGAUCUCUGUGCUCACGCAAAGAAGAGACCGCUAUGGAGGCUUGUCGUGGACAUCGCCCCGGUACGUUUCGUUGUGA